AUGCCACGGUUCGAUGUAAAUUUCGCGGAUCCAAAGAAGUUUUUCUACCCGGGCGAAACCAUCAUUGGAAAUAUCGUAAUCAAGCUUGACUCAGCCAUAAAUUGCAAGAAAAUAUCGUUGAAAUUUAAAGGCAAGAGUCAUGUAAGAUGGACAACCGGAUCGGGAGACGACAAGAAGACACAUUGGAAUACCGAAGAAUAUUUUAAAAAUUCUAUAACACUAGUGGCAGCGCUGCCUCCAGACUCAGAAAUAACUCUCCAUCCAGGGGAAUUUAGCUAUCCAUUUCAGUUUCAACUGCCAAGUAAUUUACCACCGAGUGUUGAAGCGCCCAUAGUGACAGGGAAUAUCCAGUACUAUAUGAAGAUUAAGAUUGAUGUUGAUUCGUGGAGAUUGAAAUCGGACAUUGAAGAAAAGAUACCUUUCAAGGUUGGUAGAAUAAGGCUGAGGUUUUGACUUUUAUAACAACUUCGAUUCUUAAAUGAUAGCUGACUAAUUCUGAGAGAGCAAAAGAGCCACUCACCAACUGACAUCUUACAAAAAAUCUUGCUUAUCGGAAGUGAUACCCAAAUGAUCCUCAGAGUCACAUAAGCAUGCAUACAAAUCCCAGUUUUGUGAUCAAUCUAGCCCACCAGAUAAACUUUAUGACAGUUUCUCCUAAUUGCCAUGUAAACAACCUAUGUGCCAUUAAUAGGUACAGUACCACAAGUGAGACAACUGAACUGACUACAUGCAGUAUUUGUUCCCAAAAUAUUUAACAAAAUAUUAAAUAUGCCUUAUCUCUUAUGUCAAACCCAUUUUCAGGUAGUUGCAUCACCAGUGGAUUUGAAUCAAACUCGAAACCUCCUCGAACCAGCGGCUGCCACUGAAGAAAAAUUUCUUUGUUGUCUUUGCUGUCAGUCUGGCCCUAUCCGACUUGUUGGCAGAAUUCAAAAGCAAGCUUAUUACCUUGGCGACCAAAUAAUUUUUUCAUUUGAGCUCGAUAACAAGGAGACAGACAAACCAUUAAGAAAAAUUGAAGCAAGGUUGAUAGAGCGGUUUACAUUUAUCAGUAAUACUGGCCGUACCAGUGAGCAUGAACAUGCAAAGUCAUCUGUGCAGUUAAGCGAAGGUGUGCCUCCACGAGGGGAAGACACUUGGAAUAAUGUAACGCUUAACAUACCCACCAAUAUAAUACCAAGCUUUAACAACUGUAAGUGUAUGCGCCUUGAGUAUUAUUUCAUAGUGAAUGUCGAUAUUGAAUCUGCAUUUGAUCCAAAGGUUUCAUUUCCAAUUACAAUCUCAAGUGGCCCACAGAUGGUACAACCUGUCAUUCAACCCCCAUUUAUCCCCGGAAAUGUGAUGCCACCUGCACCAGGUAUGGUGUACCCUCCUCCCACCACAAGUUACCCUCCUAUGCCUCCUACAGGUUACCCUCCUGCAACAGGCUAUCCUCAACCAGCUGGCUACCCUCCAGCAACCAUCACCCAACAACCAGAAGUAUGGAACCCUGAUUUACCACCACCAGCUUACCCAAUUGAAGAAAAGAAAUAA